AUCCAAGAAGUUGUAAUGCCUGUUACUAAAGAUGCUACAUGUUAUAAUAUGGAUCAUGAAUAUCGAGGUAUCGCUGUCAUAAUAAAUAAUGAUAUUUUUGAUAGUCAUAGCUUAGCCCAACGGCAAGGUUCAUGGAAAGAUGUUGAAGAGUUGGAAAAAAUGUUCUAUCGUUUAGAUUUUAAUGUUAUGGUUUGGAAUAACUUGUAUUAUGGAGAAUUGACUCAUCAUUUGAACGAAUUGGCUAAUGCUGAUCAUUCUCAAAAUGAUUGUCUCGCUAUUGUUGUGUUGACACACGGGGUCAGUCAAUCAUUUGUUUAUGCCAAAGAUAAUCCAUACCCAGUUGAAUUUUUGUGGAAUUCGUUUACUGCUGAUAAAUGUCGUACACUAGCCGGAAAACCUAAACUAUUUUUUGUGCAGGCAUGUCGCGGAGAAAGGCUGGAUCCUGGUAUUACACUGAGAAAAAAAAUGAUAACUGAAGUAGAUUCUCCUAAUACCUCAUACAAAAUUCCUAAACAUGCAGAUUUCUUGAUUACUUUCAGCACUUACGAUGGUUAUUAUUCAUUCAGGCAUCCUGAGAAUGGCACAUGGUUUAUUCAGAGUCUUUGUUCUGAAAUGAACAAACAUGAUCAUAGAAAUAGUGACUUGCUAGGAAUUAUGACUCGUGUAUCCAGACGAGUUGCCUUGGAUCAUGAAUCUAACAAUCCAGAUGAACCAUGGCUACACAAGCAAAAGCAGAUACCAACCAUUCACUCGAUGCUCAUUAGAGAUAUAUUUUUUAAGCCUAAAAAUAAACCUCCAUCUGAAACAAUUGUAUUAAGAAAUCUCAGUAACUGAGUGCCUUUAAAAUUGUACUCGAAUCCGAAAAAUGCAAACUGAUUAUAAAAACAAAAUCUGCAGCAACAGCAAGCAUACACAGAAAUGUAUUUUACCAGUGUGAAAUUAUAUAGCUUA